CCGCAAAAGCUGUGUUGGGUUGGUGACAUUGGAGAGGCCAGUUAUGGGGUAUGGGGAGUUCACCAUCACCCGGCUGACAGGAUAUUUCGGUGCUGGUGAAAUAGGCUGACUAGCCAUGUAGGUUGAUCCCUGAAAAGUGGUCAGCCUUCGUUUUCCUGAAGAUGGUAGAUGGUCAAACAUGAAAGGCACCCAAAAGCUGGAGAAAACGGGUGGUUUGCUUAGUGGUAAAGCAUCCGACUCCUUUGACAGCCAAUUCGGCCCAGAGCCGUAUUGGAAUAUCAUCCAGAUGAUUCCCUACAUGUGGAUAGCAAAUUUACUCAUGACCUGAUUUCCGUGUGGAUUCAAUGGCAACCACAACCCGCUGGCAGGUCAAAGGGCCGAGCUUCCCCCAGCACAGGAGACCGCGGCACCUGGACGCGCUUAUGACGUCAUCAUUUUUGGGGCCACUGGCUUCACAGGACGCCUCAUGGUGGAGCACUUGGAUGCCUUGAUCGCCUCCAAACAGGUGCAGGUACACACCUGGGCUUUGGUGGGACGAAAUCGACAGAGGUUGGAGGCUGUAGCUGCGCAAUGUCGCGCAGCACCGGCCAUUCUGCUCGCAGAGGGAGAUCUCGAGAAGGUGACCCAACAGGCCACUGUUGUCAUCUCAGCGGCAGGACCCUAUGCUGUCUGUGGCGAAGCAGUGGUGCGGGCCUGCGUGUCCAGCAAGACCCACUAUGUGGAUGUGGCUGGGGAGACUGUUUGGAUGCACGACAUGCUUCAACGCAUGGGUUCCCAGAUCGAUUUGUUCUUCAGAUGCUACCACGAAGAAGCAAAGAGCAAGGGAGUGGUGUUGGUGAACGCCUGCGCGCAGGUGUGCGCGAUCGAUGACAUCAACUGCUACCUCUUGGCCCAGCGUCUUGGUCCGUUGAAGCACUUCCGGGAGUAUUUCUUCUCGUAUGGAGGUACCACAGGUGGAACCUUCUUGGCAGGCGCAUUGAACAUGGAGGGCAUGACAAAUGAGAGGUUUCAAGUCUUCACCGAUCCCUUCAGCCUUGGUGGUCGACCAGUGGCGGGAGCCACACCGGAGGAUCAGGAUUGCAGUGCUGCGACUCAGGAUCCAGUCUACCCAGCCCUAUGGCUGUUUCCGGCCUACAAUGGCCACACGGGCGGCCGCAUACUGCGGCGGAGUGGUCACCUGUUCCAGCAGAACUCCGGUGGCCCCAGCUAUGGCUCGAAGCCGUGUGUGCUGAUCCGUGAUGCCGUCACCAAUCGAAAACAAGCGGAGGCUGCAGCAGCUGCCAUGGCACCCCCCAAGAGCGCAGAGGCUGCCAAGGCGGCUGCAGAUUUUUCUGACACCGGUGCCAUUGAUUUUUGUGGAUCCGCAGCAAUGGCCGCCCCUCGCUCCCUCCUGCUGACCGCCGCAGUGCUGUGCAGCGCCGGCUUCUGUGCCUUCGUGGCGGCCCCCCGCCCGGCGGCAGCGGCACACCCGCAGGUGUCCGCGCAGACGGCGGCAGUGAGCGCCAUGGCCUUGGUCACACCACAGGCCGCCCACGCGGCCGAUGGCGUCUGGAUCCCUGCCCUCUCCGCCAUCGGCGCCGGCUUCGCCAUCGGCCUGGCAGCGAUUGGCAGCGGCGUGGGACAGGGCAUUGCCUCCGGGCGCUGCAUUGAUGGCAUCUCCCGCCAGCCGGAGGUGGGGGUCAUAGCUUGA